GAUCUUUCUCCGCAGCGAAAGCGAGACGCCUCUUUUCAUUUUCUUUCUUUCGUACGGGAAAAAAUAAUCGCCCUGCUCAGAGACCGAUGUCUACAUUUGUUGACUCGUUCGACGACUCGGAAGUCACAGGGGUAGACUCACCUGGCCACUUCGGCAGCAGCAACAGCCAGGGCGGCGAUGGUGGCUAUGUAGGCUACAAUUCUGAACAGUUCGAAUCCUUCGCGCCGAACGACGACGCUUACGGCUCGGAGCCUGCUCCGAUCUACGGCGACGGCGGAGAGUUCGUGGCGGCAGAGGAGAACGGGAGCGGCGGUUUCGAUGGAGACUUCGGUGGAUCCAAUGGUCCUGUUCUCCCGGCUCCUUCGGAGAUGGAAGAAGUUGGCUUCGCUCUCAGAGAGUGGAGAAGGGAGAACGCAUUGCGACUGGAGGAGAAGGAGAAGAAGGAAAGGGAGCUGCUUAGCAAAAUAAUAGAGGAGGCAGAGGAUUACAAGGUGGAGUUCCAUAAGAAGAGGGAGGUUACUUGUGAGAGCAAUAAAGCAAUUAACAGGGAAAGGGAGAAGCUACUUGUGACCAAGCAAGAGAAGUUCCAUGCUGAGGCAGACAAGGAGUACUGGAAGUCGAUCGCAGAUCUCAUCCCUAACGAAGUGCCCGCUUUCGAGAAGAAGAAAGCGAAGAAGGACCAGGAGAAGAAGCCUUCAAUCAUGGUUGUCCAAGGCCCCAAACCAGGGAAACCAACCGAGCUCUCCAGGCUGCGCCACAUACUCCUACAACUGAAACACAAUACACCACCUCACCUGAAGCUGACUCCAUCCGCUCCACCAGCGAAGGAUCCUAAAGCUAUCGAUUCAGCAGCAGCCUCUACUUCAAACUCUGCAUCCGCAGUACCAGCAGAAGCCCCUGAGCCACUUGCCGUUGCCUGAUCACUAUUACUACUUAUAUCUCCUCCUCUCUAGAUGAAGUUUACCUUUCCCCGAGACAUUGUGAACUCGCAGCAGUAAGAGUAUAGCAGGAGAAGCAUUUGGACUUUAAGAGUUUUAGAGGGCUUCACUACAUCCUCGUAUGACAAUUGAAAUAUGCAAUCUGAUUACGUUUAGACGAAAAACGAUAUUCUGUCCUCGAGUCCAAGUCUGUGUUCUGGUCUUUCCUUGAUGGAUGAUGAUGGUUCGCAGAGUUGUUCAUGGGAACUGUGACGGUCACUGUUCUUUAUGCGCCUGGCUGGAUCGUAACCAUGAAUAA